AUCUCACAUUUACAUCCUUUCUCUUCUUUAUUACUUUGCCUCUUCAUCCAUCACUCAACACACGAAUCAUUUACUGCUGCCAUCAAGAUGCCAGCGAAGAGAAAGGCUACAAAAGAUGCUACGGGUCCCUCUAAGUCGGGCAGGGCCUCCGCAACGUCCACGCCCGGCCCUUCUACGCCUCGAUCUAUCGCUAGUGACGAUGAUCCAGCAUCUCCAGAGGAACCCGCCGAAAAUGAAGAGCAGCUACAAAAGGUUGUAGAUCGUUUCUCGCUCGCAACAUUCCAAAACACGAGAUCUCACGAAGAAGAUUGGACAUCGAGGAGAUUCUUCAGAGAUGGCAGACGAGACUUUUCUUAUUUGCCACUGAAGCCUGAUUUUAAGAGCCGUCCUAUUUUCAUAGAUCCCCAGAGAGGACGAAUCAUACUCGAAAAUUUCAGCCCUCUAGCCGAACAAGCAAAAGACUUCCUCAUUACCGUCGCCGAGCCUUUGUCACGACCCACCUUUAUUCACGAAUAUGCCCUUACAAGUCAUAGUCUAUACGCUGCUGUCUCCGUUGGAUUGCAACCCCGAGAUAUCAUCAAUACACUCGAACGUUUUUCCAAGACUCCCGUGCCAGAUUCCAUUAUAAGUUUUAUUGGCAGUUGUGCAUCUAGUUAUGGCAAAGUGAAGCUCGUAAUCAAAGAUACGAAAUAUUUCGUGGAAAGUACCGACCCUGAAGUUUUGCAAAAGCUAUUGAAGGAUCCUAUCAUUGGACCAUGCCGAGUUCAGGGCACUGAAACAGUUACCAGUGCUCCUUCUAUGGUUGGCCUUGUCAUUCCUGGAACGUCAAAUGCUGCAGGAGUACAGCAGGCGCAAAUCAAGCAAGGCGAAAAGGGUCAGACAGAGACAGCUGAAGGCGCCCAGAAACAAAAUCCUUUCGAUGCGCUGAGAGAAGACGAUGACGAUGAUAACCAGGAGGCUGUACAUGCUUUCGAAAUCAUGGACACUUCCAUUGAGGUGGUUCAGAAGCGUGCUUUAGAAAUCCAAUAUCCUAUGCUGGAGGAGUACGACUUUCGCAAUGACGACCGAAACGCGAGUCUCGAAAUUGACUUACGACCAGCAACGCAAAUUCGCAGUUACCAGGAAAAGAGUCUCAGUAAAAUGUUUGGUAAUGGGCGAGCAAAAAGCGGUAUCAUUGUGUUGCCUUGCGGGGCAGGCAAGACUUUGGUUGGCAUCACCGCCGCAUGCACUAUCAAGAAGGGUACCAUCGUUCUCUGCACGAGUACCAUGUCGGCUAAUCAGUGGCGCAAUGAGUUCUUGAAAUGGUCUAACAUUAGACCUGAGGAUAUUGCCCUCUUUACGUCAGAUCACAAAUCGAGAUUUCCGGGCAAUACUGGAAUCAUUGUUACGACAUAUCCCAUGGUUACUAACUCGGGCAAGAAGCGAGCUCAUGAUUCGCAAAAGAUGAUGGACUUUCUUACUAGUCGAGAAUGGGGUUUGAUGCUGCUAGACGAGGUCCACGUCGUACCAGCCAACAUCUUCCGCAAGGUAUCACACUCGAUCAAGAGCCACGCGAAGCUUGGCUUGACUGCAACGCUGCUUAGAGAAGAUGACAAGAUUUCGGAUUUGAACUUCCUAAUUGGACCGAAACUAUACGAGGCAAAUUGGAUGGAGUUAUCGGAACAGGGUCAUAUUGCCAAGGUCCAAUGCGCUGAGGUCUGGUGUCCAAUGACGGCCGAAUUCUUCGAUGAGUUCAACGGACAAAAGAAAAACAGAGGUCUACAACAAAAUCUAUAUGUCAUGAACCCACGCAAGAUACAGGCCUGUCAGUUCCUCAUCGAUUACCACGAGAGGCGAGGCGACAAGAUCAUCGUGUUUUCGGACAAUGUCUAUGCCCUCAGAGAAAUUGCUUUGGCUCUCAAUAAAGCUUACAUCUGCGGGUCUACGAGCAACAACGAACGAAUGCUUGUACUAGAGAAUUUUAUGCACAACCCGCUCGUAAAAACCAUAUUCCUGUCGAAGAUUGGCGAUACAUCUCUCGAUCUCCCUGAAGCCACCUGUCUUAUCCAAAUAUCGUCGCACUACGGAUCGCGUCGUCAAGAAGCACAGCGACUAGGUCGUAUCCUUCGAGCAAAGCGGAGAUCGGACGAAGGGUUCAAUGCCUUUUUUUACUCCCUGGUCUCACGGGAUACACCUGAAAUGUACUACUCCACCAAGCGGCAAGCGUUCUUGGUAGAUCAGGGGUACUCAUUUAAAGUCAUCACGCAGCUUACUGGCAUGGAACAGAUGGAGGGGCUUGUUUUUAGCACGGCACAGGAGCGUCGCGAGCUUCUCCAGAAGAUUGUGAUUGACACAAACUCCAGGAGAGCAGAUGAUGAUGAUGAUGUUGCAGAUGAUCUCUUCUGGGGCCCUGGAGUAAGAAGAAAGCCCCGCUUCAAGCGUACAGCCGGUGAGCUCGAAGAUCUUAGUGGAGGAAAGGAUAUGGCGUACAUAGAACAGAGGAAGGGCGCCAAUAAGGCGCUUAAGAAGAAACCGGCACAAAGUAACGCUUUCUUCAAGAAGCUGGGCAGAGAAAAGGAAAGGCUCAAGACACAACGGUAGUUUGCGUUAUAUUAUUUUCAUGUACAACACCAAGAUACGGAACAAAACGGGUGGCGUCAAUGGCCAUCGGCAAGUGAUGGGUGGCGGACGAGAUUACUGAGAUCCAUCUUGCAGCGCAGCGCAGCGCAGCGCAGGACAAGCCAGGGCAUGGCAUGAGGUAUACCCCUGGAAGCAGGAAGGGAUUUUCACCUUUCGGUUUUUCCUUUUCACCGCCGGUCAAAACGCGAUAUAUUAUGGAUGAUGGAGACUGCGGUGUGCCUGUGGUGAUACCUGCAUGUAAUCUAUAUAAUUUUUAUAAAAAAAAAAAUGCUCGAGAACCUCAAAUACUUUGACUUACCUGCCUAUUAGGUAUGUCAAUAGGAAGCACACAGAACACAGAGCACAGAGCACCGAAAGUACAUACAUACAGGGAGUACAAGGAGUACAGGAUAUACUAUGUACCGUAGAGCUAAGCCUUAACAAUGUUAACAUAGGUGAUCCGGCACUAUGGGCAAGAUGCAUCCAUCCCACGGAUCCCAGCUGCAGUGCUACGUAUCAAAUGCAACCUC